AUUCAGAGGUCGUCUCUGGCAAAAUAAACAAAGACCACUUUACUACUCACUCCUCACACACAUAGAGGUCGACUUCGCUUUGGUCUCGGUCGAUCUUUCUUAGUAGCAGAGGAAUGACCACCCACGCUCUCGUCUCCAUCGCCGUGCUCCUCGUCGUCUGUGCAGCCCCGGGAGCGCUCGCGCAGACAGUGCAGGUAUGGUCCUUGUGCUCGCCGGUGAACUACACCGCGGGGAGCGCCUACGGGGCCAGCCUCCGCGGCGUGCUCAGGGACGUGGUCGCCGCCGCCGGCCGCUCCCGCGACGGCUACGCUACCGUGUUCCGCAGUCAGCAGGUGAAGGAUGGCGCGCCGUACGGGCUGGCCUUGUGCUACGCGGACGCCGGCCCGCCGGAGGUGUGCCGGCUGUGCCUGCGCAUGGCGGCCGGGAACGUGACGCUGGCGUGCCCGCGCGCUGCGUCCGCCAGCAUGCUGUACAACAACUGCCUGGUCCGGUACGCGGACCCGGCGGCGGACGGGAGGAAGCUCGCGCGGCCGGAGCCGGACACGGUGCAGAGGUUCUCCUUCUACAACGGCAACAUGACCAGCGCCGGCGAGGCCGACAGGUACGGCGCCGCGCUCAAUCGGCUCAUGGACCGCCUCGCUCCCGCCGCCGCCGAGGCCGGAGCGAACGGCCAGCCGCGUCCGCUUGCCGCGUUCGGGCAGACCAACAUCACCGCCGACGAGAGCCUUUACGGGUUCGCGCAGUGCGUGGCGGGCCUGUCCCCCGCCGACUGCCGCCUCUGCCUCCAGAGAAUCGCCGCGUCGUUGCCCAUGACGAAAGGAGGGCGGGCCUACUCGCUGACAUGCUACACGAGGUUCGAGGUGGUGCCCUUCUACAUGCCGCCCAACACAGCCAGGAUCGUCGUGGCUCCGGCGCCGGCGCCGGCGCCGUCGUCCCCCUCAAGAGCUUCGAAUCGUCGCAAGUUGGGCAUAAUUGUGGGAGUUUCGGCCGUUGCAAUAAUUGUUUUGGUCGCGACGUGCUCCAUUAUUGCUCUGAAGAUUCACAGAAGUGGAAGAUCUCCAUUUCCGUCAUUGACAGGAAAGGACUACAACGACCGUAGGGACAACAUCAAAAAAAUAUUGGGCAACUACGGCUCACUAGCUCCCAGGAGGUACAAAUUCUCACACCUCAAGAAAGUAACCAAAUCAUUUGGUGAAAAGCUAGGGCAGGGUAGCUAUGGCAUGGUAUACAAGGGCACCCUAGCAAAUGGCCGCCAUGUCGCUGUCAAGUUCCUUCAUGACACGACCGGAAAUGGAGAAGAAUUUGUAAAUGAGGUCAUCAGCAUUAGAAGGACAUCCCACGUCAAUGUUGUCACUCUGCUUGGUUUCUGUUUGGAGGGUUCAAAGAGAGCUCUCAUCUAUGAUUAUAUGCCUAAUGGGUCAUUGGACAAAUUCAUCUACACCGAGAAUUCGAAACAAGCUCUUGGAUGGGAGAUACUAUAUGAGAUCGCAACGGGCAUCGCGAGAGGAUUGGAGUAUCUUCACCGAGGGUGUAACACACGAAUCAUACACUUUGACAUCAAGCCCCAAAACAUCCUCCUGGACCAGGACUUCGUCCCGAAGAUUGCCGAUUUUGGUCUGGCGAAGUUGUGCAACCCCAAGGAGAGCUACCUAUUGUCGAUGGAUGGCAUGAGGGGUACGGUCGGGUUCAUAGCGCCUGAGGUCUUCUCGAGGCGGUUCGGGGUCGUGUCGACAAAGUCGGAUGUGUACAGCUUCGGUAUGGUGCUCUUGGAGAUGGUCGGUGGAAGGAAGAACUUGCGAGCAAGUGUUGAGAGGGAAAGUGAGGUGUACUUCCCGGAUUGGGCUCACAGUCACCUCGCACAAUUUGGGAGCUUGCAACCAUUUGACUUGGGAUUUGAUGGACCUGAAGAGAUCGCAAAGAAGAUGGCCACUAUCGGGCUGUGGUGCAUACAAAUAUCGCCGGCGUCUCGCCCGACGAUGAGCAAGGUUCUGGAAAUGUUUGAGAAGAGCGCCGAUGAACUCGAGAUACCGCCAAAGCAGUUCAUCUACUCACCUAUACAGGAUGACUCAGAUGAACUACAGAAGGAGAGCAGGGUUUCUAUGGACACUAGCAGAACUAGCUAGCUAGGCCAGUUCCUGGUUUAGAUGAAGUACCUCAGGCAUGGCGAGUUGCCAUGGACAUUGUUUCGCAAGUCUCAAGGGAGGACAAGAAGAAGAAAUAUUAAGUAGUGCCCACUAGUUACAGAUCCUCUGUUCCGUUUCAAGGCCAAUAAGCUCAGGUGCUAGCCGGUCGACCUUCUGCGUGUGACAAAAAAGACUGUCCAUUCAGUUAAUAUUAAGAACGUUAGUCCGUCACACACCUCAUUAUACAAACAGCCAAAGUUUGGUAGUUUAGACUUCUGAAACGUAUGAAUAUUCCAACAUUUGAUUCA